AUGUCGCGCCGCACCUCUUUCUCUGAUUACCAACCCGGCGUGGGGAGCAGUCGCUUUGCAUCCACUCCGGCCACGGGGGCACAAACCCCGGAUCCUCUGCUGGGACCCAAAGUCGCCGUCCCCGCCGAUGUGCUGAAGAAAUUCCCUCAGACAAUCGCCCGAUCCCGUGAGGACAGCAGCGACGAUGACGAGGAAGCGAUCGAGCUGUCGGCCACGGGGCCCCGGUUCCGUCGUCCCUCUGCGGCCGUUCACCCGAGCGACAAUGUCUAUGCCGACGAGGCGGGCUCACCACCCCCCGAGGCCACCAAGGCCGCUCGACAGGGGGUCCCUCCGGAGUUGUCCAGCUUCGGCGCCGAGCUUCUGUUGAUUGCCGUCUGUUCCGUGGGCCUGAUGCUCUUCUCCUUCCUCCUCGGCGACAUGCUGGCCCCGCAGAUCCAGAUCCGAGCCGCCCUGGGCAUCAGCAACACCGAACUGCCCUGGCUGGUGGGCGCCUUCAACGUGGCCAACGGCCUCUCCGUCGUUGUCUCCGGCUCAUUGACGGAUCUCACGCCUCCUCGACCGCUGAUGGUGGGGGCAUUUGGCUGGCUCACCUUGUGGAACCUGAUUGGGGCCUUCUCGCUGUCCCCCUCGCGCCGCAUCCUCUUCUUCAUAGUGCGCGCCAUGCAGGGUCUGGCCAUUGGCGUGCUGGUGUCCGGGAGCAUGAGCAUUCUUGGCCGGGUGUACAAGCCAGGCAUCCGCAAGAACCGCGUCUUCAGCGCCAUGGCCGCCUGUGCGCCUUUCGGGUUCUCCCUUGGAGCCAUCCAGGGGGGUCUUCUGUUCCACCACCUCCCGUGGAUCUUCGGCUCCAACGCCAUCAUCACUGGACUGUGUGCCGUGGCGGCCUUUUUCGCCAUCCCCCCGCUGCGGCCCGUGGCCGACGUGGCCGGUACUGAGGCCCCCUCCAUCAAGCAAUUCGACUACCUGGGGGCGGCCUUCGCCGUGGGCGGUUGCGUGUGCCUUCUCUUCGGCCUGACGCAGGGCGGAGUGACCAAUUGGUCCCCGUACACGAUCGCCCUGACGGUCGUCGGCAUUGUGCUGCUGGUGGGGCUGUUCGUCACGGAACGCUACGUGGUGCGACCUCUCAUCCCCAACCGGCUGUGGAGCACGAAGGGCUUCACCCCGCUGAUGAUCGCCUACUUCCUGGGGUUCGGCUCGUUCUUCGGCUGCUGGCAGUUCUACGCGAUCCAGUUCUGGCUGCGCAUCCAGCACGCGACGCCCGUCGCCGUGGCGCUGUACCACAUCCCCAACGCCCUGGUCGGGGUGUUUGCGACCUGGGUUGUCAGCCGCACCUUGCACCUGGUCCCGGGCCACUACAUCUACACCAUCUCCAUGUUCGCCUUUACGCUGGGUCCGGCCUUCUUCCUCCCGCAAACCGCCAACACUAUCUACUGGGCGCUCUCCUUUCCCGGAAUCGCCCUGGUGACCUUUGGCCCCGAUCUCGCCUUCGCCGCCGCCUCCAUUUUCAUCACGAGCAACGUGGCGCGCUCGUACCAGGGCAGCGCGGGCAGUCUGCUGGUGACGAACCAGAACCUCAGCUCGGCGAUUCUGACCAGUGUGGCGGAUGCGAUCGGCACGCGCGUCGACAAGACCCCGGACGGGGAUGUCGGGCUGCAGGGACUGCGGGCCAUCUGGUGGUUUGCGCUGGGGUGUCAGCUGGUGGCGGCGUUGAUCACCGUGACGUGCGUGCGCAUUCCUAAGGAGGAGGAGAAGGAGCAUGUUACUUGA